AUGAAUUUGUGGAAAGAACCCGUGGAGUCAUUGGUCAGUGGUCCGAAUCAAGAUAACCUUCGCGAGGGAUUGCCCGAGGACCCUCGCCCGAGGGUGAUCGAGGAUUGUUUGUCCUUGUUCUCUACCACCGACUACAUCAUGGAGCCGACGAUCUUCACUCAGUUAAAGCGCUACUUUCUGGCGGGUGGCGAUACCGAACCGGCCAUCAAUCUACUCGCCGGCAACUACACGGCGGUAGCGCAGAUGGCGAACCUGGUGGGCGAGUGGCUCACCGUGGCCGGUGUGUCCGUGAGCGAGGUGCAGAAAAUGGCGGAAAAUCGCCUGAUAGACUCGAUUCUGAGUAUGUUCGAUCCGGCGAAGGCAGAUGCUGCUUUCGCCGAGGAUAGCUUUAGUCCUACCUGGCUCAUCGAGAUGAUCGAGCACCGCGCUUGGCGGUCACUCUUCAAUCGGCUGUCGGAGAUGUACCCGAACUGUCUGAUGUUAGAAUACGUCAUCAAGCUCAUGUCGGACGCUGGAUUUCAGGGCGAAAUUACUUCCAUUGUGGCUGUGUCACAACAGAUCGACGUGUUUUCACGCGUCCUUGGAAGUGCGAUCGCUAGGUUCCUCGAUCGACCGGAUGACCAACAGCGCACGAUCAAGUGUGCCAAGCUGAUGUGUCACACGGAACACACCUAUCUAUACGGUCAGUUCUUACUGCAGAAGAUCUCGCAGCACCCGAAGUAUGGGUUAAUCAUGAAGCGUCUUUCGCAGGAAAUUGGCAAAUACGCGCUUCGAAACAAUCGGAAUGUGAUACCGAUCACAAUGGCGCUCCAUAGUGCAGAACAUUACCCGGAAGCACGCGACGCACUUGGGGCGAUGCUGACAAAGAACUCGCUCAACCCGUCCUAUAUUGUAGUGCUUCAUCAAAUGUACUCGUCCACGCAACCGCCACCGAUCGAUCUGAUACGCGUCCCGCAAUUCUUGGAGCUGCUUGUCGAUUCGCUGUUCACCGCGGGUACCAGGAUCAACAAGUACCACAAAUCGAAAUACAUUUAUCUACUUGCGUACGCGGUCAGUGUGGUCAGUACCUCCUACUCGAAAGCGAACAAGAGCGAACUGCAGAAAACAAUAGAAGCGAUUGAGCGAGCACACGGGAUAUGCACUUUGGACCAAUAUUCAUGCGACCUUAUCUGCCACAUCCCGACGCUCUUCGAAUGCCUUCACUUUCCGGUGGUCGGAGCUGGCCUGAUACGUUGGGUGGAGAGUGUGCUUGUGCGUCAGCAGUACCAUCUCGAAGCCAACUCUCCGCACCUGGUGCUGCUCGAUGAGGUGGCUUCCGAGCAUCCAUUGCUCCGCGAGCCGGUCUUGCGGCUGUUGGUCAAGCUGUUGGAGUCGAAGCCGGAAGAACGGGCGGGGCUUUUGAUGCUGCAGGUAAAGAAGAUGCUGAUCGACCGCAUGGUACACUUGUUGGCGCACGACUACGUAGUACCCGUGCUGAAGUACAUUAACACGUGUGUUUUGCGUGCCGAUGUGGAUGUUUCCCUCAUCCGUUACUUUGUCCAAGAGGUCCUGGAAAUCAUCGAGCCCCCGUACUCGGACGAGUUUGUGCAGCUGUUUCUGCCGCUGGUAGAAAACAAGCAGAUAACAGGUUCGAUGACGCACGUGGCCGACAGUGACCCAGUGUCGGCGUUUAUCUUUCACUGCAAGGCGUACCACAUGGAAGCGGAAACCAAAACACCUUAAAAAAUCCUUAGCCUUUGUGGCUUUUCUACAAUUUAUGUUAACUAAUAGGUGUGCUUGAGUCCUUCGCAGUUUUGAUACUUUAUUACAUUAAAUUUUUUUUUAAUUUGUAUUCCU